GAUUUUCACGUCUGGCUUGCAUUUGAAAAACUACAAAAUCGUUCUGCAUUUUCCCUGCACACGUAUUUCUUACGGCAUCCAGAUAUAGGCCAUGGCGUCGAUCGCGCAUCCCCGGAGGCUCGGCCGUCCUUCCGCGCCACCACGCACGAUCCACCAUCGGGAAACCUAUCUCGUCCCACCUUACGACCCAAUAGGCGUUUCACUGCCGCUGAAGACGACCUUUUGAUCCAAUUCGCACGACAGCGGGGUUACCCCUUGUAUAUCCCCAUGCAGGAAUGGGAAAAGCUAAGCGAAAAGAACCCUUCCAGAAGCCAAUGGGGCUGGAAAACACGCUACGUUAAUUAUAUUUAUCCUAAUCGACAUGACGUUGAUGAGGAAUAUUCGUCAACAUCGAGUUCUUCGACAAGUUCGCAUGAUCGCCGAAAGAGUAGUAGUUCUUCCUCGGAUGCAAACAUUAAUGUCACGGCGGCGGAGCGAGCGCUGAAGAGGCUUCGCUCAAACGAGAAACUGGAUUUGCCCAAAAAAAAGCAUUCGCGCCUUGAUGCGCCCACAUCUAUCUCCGUGGCUCGCAGAGAUACCCACACAAAGAAAUUAACAGUUGUAGCCCCAACUAUGGAAAUGUCUUCAUCGUCGUUUACGAGAGCGGAUUUUGUCGCUGCAAUGAAUUGGGUCGCUUCUCGUUCUCGUCCCAAUGGCAUUUACCAGAAUUUGGCCAGUUGGGAACAAUUCGCCGAACAGCAUCCAUCCCACGAUGCUGAAGAAUGGGUGCAAUUUUACUAUAGCGAGCGUAGGCUUUUCAAGGCUAUCGAAGAACGCCUCGGCGACAUCAGCCACUGACUCUUUGCUUAUGGACUCCUAUCAUAUUCCAUCGCACUGAGAAGGCUCGCGUUAUCAAGCUGGUGGUGUCUCAACGUGCUGGUGCAGCGAUCUUUGGGUAGAUGCAUUCGCUUUGGCACGUCAAAUACCCCCAAUUACUUCUCUAAUACCAUCACGGUAAAUGUGUAAACCGAGGAUAGUACUAAAACGAAGAAACUUGGCUGGCGGAUGAUAUGGCUAGGAUGUGGCUAUAAAGUAGAGCCCAACUGAGAUUUGUGGUGAAUAAUUGUGUAUCGGGCUUUACUCUUUUUUUUUGUGUGAUUUAAUUCGCAUUCAGCUUUUGAAUAUGAUUUGGUUGAUUUCCUUGCA